ACUCCUGAGUGUGAACUCCCCCAACUACCAAGACCACGUGUCUUAGGACAAUUCACAAAAUAUAGUCCAUCGAACCAAAGGAACCACUAGCGUUGCAGAAGGAAUUCCCGUCAAUGGCACCUUCAUCAACUGCUGCCUUCCUCAGAGCCGGCCUCUCUGCUUUUUCUCCGGCCAAGAAACCGCCGACGGUCGCGGCCGGAAAGCUUCUUUCUUCGGGAAUGUUCGACACCACUCUCCUCCCACAAACCUUUCAGCUUUUCAACAAAAAAUCCUUCUCCUCGAGAUCUGAUAAAGUUCAAGAAUUGCAUUUGUACGAGAUCAACGAGCGGGAUCGCGGCAGCCCUGCUUACCUCCGGCUGAGCCAGAAGACUGUGAAUUCCAUCGGCGAUCUCGUGCCUUUCACCAACAAGGUUUACACCGGAGAUCUGCAGAAGCGCGCCGGGAUAACCGCCGGAAUAUGCAUUCUGAUAAAAAACGAACCGGAGAAGAAGGGCGACCGGUACGAGGCCAUCUACAGUUUCCACUUGGGAGACUACGGACACAUAGCGGUUCAGGGGCCGUACACCACGUACGAGGACACGCACCUCGCCGUCACCGGCGGCUCUGGCGUUUUCGAAGGAGUGUACGGACAAGUCCUCCUCCGCCAGAUCAUCUUCCCAUUCAAGCUCUUCUACACAUUCUACUUGAAGGGCAUUCCCGACCUUCCCUCCGAGCUGCUCGGCGAGCCGGUGGCUCCCACUCCCGCGGCGGAGCCGGCGCCGGCGCCGGCGGCGAAGGCUUGCCGACCCGGCUCAACCCUUCCGAAUUACUCCGAUUAGGGUUCUGGAAUUUGUAAUACAGACUGAGCUUGACGCGAAUUCAACUGAUCCUAUAAGUGGUGAAAUUGCAGAAUCGAUUUAAUCGAA